AUGGCUACUUCAGCACCAUCACCGCUGGCCAGUUCUGUGGAGAAGACAAAUGGAGCCAAGCUCACCAGGCUUCUCAUCGACGGUGGAACAACAGGUCUUAGGAAGAUUUUUGAUAGUCAUCAUCCUCCUGCAAACUUGGCUGCUGAUCUCAAUGCCAACAAAUCUAUUCUUAGCAGCUUAUUGAAAAAAAUGGUUUUGCAUAAACCUCAGUGGGACAAACUGGUCCCACCUGGUGGAGUCGCUCCAGACUCUAACACUUUUGAUAUCACCCUUCUAUAUCUCCUUCUGACCAACAUUUGUGGAUUGACCCCUCCCCCCUCAGGAUGGCACGCUAAACCACCCCCAAGUGACACGUCUCAUGAGGCUAACCUUGCACGGGUUAAGUUCUAUCGCAAUGUCUUGUAUGGUCAUGUGACAACCACUGGUGUUGAUACACCAACUUUCUCUGCUCUGUGGACUGAAAUUAGUGGUGUUCUUGUGAGUCUUGGUCUUGAUCAGGCGGAAGUUGAUAAGUUGAAGGCAGAGAAAGGUGGAGAGCAAGAUUAUAUUGACGUGUUGAUUGAGUGGGCUGACAGUGAAGAGGAUAUCAAGACACAGCUGGAGAACAUAAAUCAGGUUCAGAGCAAAACCCGUCAAGCAGUUGAAGAUGUACGUGAGGCACAAUUUAAGACUCAGAAGACAGUGAAAGACAUACAUCAGACCCAGGCCAGUACUCAAAAGACAGUGGAAGACAUACAACAGACCCAGGCCGGUACUCAAAAGACAGUGGAAGACAUACAACAGACCCAGGCCGAUAUUCAAAAGACAGUGGAAAACGUGCGUCACACCCAGGCCAAGACACAACAAAGCGUUGCAGAAGUGUGUCAGAACGUGAAAAAAGUUGAAGCUGGUCUCAAGGAAUUAAAAGAAACAGUGGGUAGUUUAAAAGAAGGAAAAGACAAGGACAGGGCAGACGAGGUCCUUCGAAAUCUCACCAAGUCGGAAUUCAGAGGAGACAUUGAGUAUUACGUGCAGAGAUUUCAAGAAGGCACGCGUGAGUGGGUCUUUGACAGAGUUCAGAACUGGCUGGAUGACAGAAGCUCUCAAAACCGCGUGAUGGUAAUCAGUGGAAAUGCAGGGAUGGGAAAAUCUGUCAUCGCAGCUGUGAUUUGCAAGAGAAUGCAAGAGGCUGGCAGACUGUCAGGAAGCCAUUUUUGUCAGUAUAACAAUGUACGCUACUGUAAGCCUCAGUUAAUGAUUCAGUCGCUUGCCUGUCACUUUUCCCAUGCGCUUCCAGAGUACAAGCAAGCUCUUGUGGAACAACUGUCAAGAAAUCUGGGUACAGAUCUCAACAACAUGGGUGUGGAGGAGUUGUUUGCAGUGCUUUUCAAGGAACCUCUUAGUGCUGUAGGUGAUCCAGGAAGAAACAUGCUCAUGGUGAUAGAUGGUUUGGAUGAAAGCGAAUACCAAGGACGAAAUGAGCUUCUUGAUGUGAUUGCAAAUCAGUUUUGUAAGCUUCCUAUUUGGAUUCGUUUUCUUGUCACGACGCGCCCAGCCUUAAACAUUGUAGAGAAACUAAAACAUUUGAAGCCGCUUGAACUGAAGUCUGAUGGUGAAGAGAAUCUAGAAGAUGUCAGAGUAUUUUGUCUAAAACGACUGGAGCACGUGGUCAAACCAGCGAAUGUCGGCGAGUUUGUAGAAAGACUAGUUUUGAAAUCUGAAGGACUGAUGUUGUACACCCAUUUUCUCAUUUUGUCGAUUACUGAAAAUGCAUCAAUUUUCCACAAGGAAGACCUUGUCGGCAGUUCGCCAUUAGGAAUUUCUUCAAUGUAUCAUUCCUAUUUCAAACGUUUGGAACGUGAACUCUUGAAGGAACUCGACAUAAAGGAAGAACAGUUCCUGAAUCUGUUGUCUGCCAUUACUGCUUCAAGGGAGCCCCUGUAAGUGAGUUUAGUUUCUAAAGUAUUAGUAUCAGGUACCAAUUCACCACUUACAAGGCGUAAAGUACUGAGAGCAUUAAAUAGUGUUUCCGCUCUUCUUCCUGUCCGUAACGAUUGUCUUCAUGUCAUUCACAAGUCAGUUCAAGACUGGUUAACAGAAGUUCCAAGGUAUGGUGAACAUGAAUUCAUCGUGGAUGAAAAUCAGGGACACCGUAUACUAGCAGCUCUGUGUACUGACGAGCUUGAAAAUUUGAAACUGAAAGGUGUACAUAACGUACAAUUUAGCGCCACUGAGAGGUACGCGCUGUACCAUGGUGCACAUCACAUGCUACACAAAGGCGUCAAGAGAGAGCCACAUAAGCUGGACGAACUGACAAAGGCUUGCAUUUUAGAUUUAGAAAUAGUGUAUGCCAAGACCUACGUAAACAGCACAUUAGCCGCUGAGGAUCUCGUGUGGCUGAAAAAGCAGGGGAUUUUUACAUUGUUAUCAAAAGAUAACCAAAGUAUUCUGAACACACUGUUGUUUCUAUUAAGAAAAAACCUCCGUUUCCACACAGAUUUCCCUCGUAGGUUUCUUCAAACCAUACUUAACCAAGGAGGAAAAGUGUUGAGUGUUGAGGCGUCGAAUCUUUUGCAAAAUAAGUAUCCUGAAAUACCAUAUAUGGAGGUUUUUCAUAAGGAGUCGCAGCAUGGAAGUGUUGUAGCCAAAUUUGAAUGUUCAUCUGCUGUGAUCUGUUUGGACGUGUCUCCACAGUUGGAUUAUAUGGUGUGUGAAUGUAUGGACGGAAUGCUGCAGCUGUGGUCACUCCAGACUGGUAGGCUAGUGUGGACACGUCGAGUCGUAGUACAGAAGAGUUUCAAGUGGAUCGGCGACUCCGUGCUUAGAAAUUUACCUUCAGUAAUCGGGUCGUCAUUUUUCCGCUCUGUUGUUUUCCAUCCUACAAAGGAAUGUAUUUUACCUGGGAUUCUAAGUCAGGCCUAUACUGUGGACGGAGACUUGAAACCGCUCUUUCCCGGAAGUAACUGUAGAUUCUCGGUUUGCUCUAUUUCCGGCGACAAGGCCAAGAUUCUAACUAAUUGUCUUGAGAGUUCUAAAUGCCUUGCGAUGUGGAGUUUAGAAAAUGGCUCAGAGGUUGAUCGAAUCCUUGAAGAUGAAGACAUUUUAUCUUUUGCAUGGUCUGGUGAUGCAAGGCUUCUUGUAAUUUCACAUUCUUCGGGAGUGAUUAGUUUGUAUGACGUGAUGUGUAAUUUCAGAAAACUAAUACAAAUGGCUACCCCAGAAGUAUGUGGCAUGGUAAAGUUUUCACCUGAUCAUCGAUUAAUUUUUUGUUGCGCGGUAAAAGACUUUUAUCAAGACUCCUUUCUUUGUCUCAAGGUUAUAAAGGAAGCAAGCAACACAUUUUCCUUAACGAUUGUGUCUGGUGAUUCUGAGACUUUUGAAUCUUGUAAUGACUGUGGGUUUUUAUAUGGCGAUCUUAUUUCCACAAAAGGUCGUCAGUUUGGAUUGACGUUUGGUCUUGACAAGCAACGUCAGCUACGUUACGUUUGGAAUGGAAUACAAAUAUUGGAUACCAAAUACGUAAACAGAAACGAUCAAGGCGUAGCUGCUAAAGCUACUGGGAUAGCACUCAGUUUGGAUGGUCAGACCGUGUUUGUUGCAAAUUUCAAAUCAGUCACUGCUUAUGACGUGUCCAGUGGGAAGCUUAAAGCUGAGAUAAACUGCGGGCUUUUACUAUACCGUCCUUUGUGUCCUGUUAGUGAUGGAGUCCUAAUCUCAACGAAUGAAAGCACUGUUGAGUUAUGGAGUGGUAACCUCGAUAAACGAAUCAAAAGGUGGACCAACUUGCCUGGAGUCAAACAAGUGAUCCCUAUAUCAGAGGAACGAGUAGCAGUCGUAUAGGAGAGGUUGAUGUGAAAGUCCUAGAUACAAUCAGUGGAAACGUUGUGUCAACAAUCCCAGUUUUACAAGGAGAAGUUCUUACUUGCAACAGUAAAUGUCAGCUGUUAAUUCAAAGGAUUCUUGAGAAAACUUACUUUGUUCUUCCUUCGUGCUCUCUUCAGCUUUUGGAUGGCAAAACAGUUGUUUGGAGAAAGAAAGGCAUUAACAUGUACCGUAAUGAUAAGGCUGUGGCUUUCUCACCUAUGGAACAGUUCCUUGUUGUUCGCACGACUGACGGCAUCUCAGUCUUGGACCCCGAAACAGGAAACACGCUCCGUACUUUAGGUCGUUCUAUAUUUUCCUUCUCAUUGCAUUGUACGUUUAUCAGUGACAACACAUGUGUUAUUUCUGAUUAUGAUUCAACUGUUCAGCUGUUAAACGUCAAAUCUGGUGAACUUCUAACUAAAAUUGAUGUGGAAAGUCGCGUGAUCUGUUUAGCAGCCUGUCCCUUCAAUCGUCUUCUCGCCAUCGGCCUGGAGGACUCCACACCUAAUUUCAAAGUUAUCAGGGUGCAUUUUCCGCGGGGCGAAGACCGUGGAUAUUGGAAAAGGUAA